AUGGGAAAGGAAAAGACUCACAUCAACAUCGUCAUUGUGGGACAUGUAGAUUUGGGCAAGUCUACCACUACUGGUCAUCUGACCUACAAAUGUGGUGAGAUUGACCAAAGAACUAUUGAAAAAUUGGAGAAGGAGGCUGCUGAGAUGGGAAAGGACCCCUUCAAGUAUGCCUGGGUCUUGGAUAAACCGAAAGCUGAAUGUGAAUGUGGUAUCACCAUCGAUAUCUCCCUGUGGAAAUUCGAGACUAGCAAGUAA